AUGAUUGGGCGGGCGCUCGUGCGCUUGCCAGUUCGCUCGCGUCUGCUACGCUCACCACUAACCCAAUGCCAGAAUGGGACCACCUUGCGAGCACCAUUCGUGCUUACUAUCCGGACCUACGCGACUCCAGGCAGGCCAAAGAGAGUCGUGGGCGAGCCAUCAAAACCCGUUAAACGCGCCGUGAAGAAGAAAGCUGCACAGCCAGCCGAUGGAAGCUCUGCUGCCGAGCAGCAAGUUGCUGCCAAGAAGAGUACCGCGGCCAAGAAUACUCGCAAAACAUUGACGCCCGAGCAAAAGGCAGCCAAGAAAGAGCAAGUAGCCGCCAAACAGGCCGCUGCAAAGGUCGCGGCGGAAGAGCGAUUGGAGAAGCAGAAGGCUGUGCAGCAGAAGCGAAAGGCGAACGCAAAGGUCGAAGCCCAGAAAGCGAAAGUGAAGGAGCUCAAGAAGGUUGCGCUGUCGCCGCCUCCAAAGGUUCGACCAACUGCAUACAACAUCUUCCUCUCCGAGAAGAUGAAGGAGCUGCUCACGCAAAGGUCGGAAGCCCCCGUGAAGGAGCACUUUCUCAAUGCCUCCCGCGAAAUGGCACGAAUGUGGAAAGAGGCAAAUGCCACUGACGUAGAGCACUACAAUCACCUCGCCAAUCAGAAGCGCGAAGCAGCCAAUGCAGAGUACAAACGAUGGCUUGAGUCGCAUGCGCCUGAAGAGAUUUGGGCUGCGAACAACGCGAGAAAACAGCUGCGCCGCCUGUUACCGACCCCCGAAACCAAUCACCAAUCUCAAUGGGCCGCAAUCGAUGACCCACGCCAGGUUAAGAGGCCGUCCAACCCUUACCUUCAUUUCGCACAGGAUCGCCAUGCUAGCGGCGACUUCAAGAACAUCUUGCUGAAAGAGCGUACCCGACUCAUCGCUCGCGAAUGGAAGGCGCUCACUGCGGACGAGAAGAAGAAAUAUGUCAACCUGUCGCAGCAGGAGAAGGAUAGAUACUCCUCUGAGUACACCGAGACUUACGGACAUUCGCCACCACACCUCUCGAACGGGAAGCCUGAGGCUAUAGCUGCAGCGGCCUGA